UCAUAGGCGCCCCACAAGUUACGUAUGUAUGUACACAUGUACAUAUGUACAUAUUUAUGUUGAAAGAAAAUUAGUGUUGAUUUUUGAAUGAAACGCUAGCCGCUAGCGAUCAUUGAUCUUGCAGAUUGCAGAUUUGUAAAAGUUUGAGCAAAAACUGCAUGUGUACAAAUUUAGGUGCCCGGCGGAUCGUCCAACAUAACAGAGCGCGAGAGAGGAAGGCUGGGAGGGAGCUGGCAGACGAGAAAGAGAAUGUAGUAGAAUCAUCGUGCGCAUUACAUAUUGACGCUUGUCUACGUUGUCAGGCGGAAAAUAAACGCGAAGUACUCGGCCGUCAGGAUUGUGUGGUCGUUUGGGGCGAAUGCAAUCAUUCAUUUCACCAUUGCUGCAUGUCGCUUUGGGUGAAACAAAAUAAUCGCUGUCCACUUUGCCAGCAGGAGUGGUCCAUACAACGCAUGGGCAAGUGAGAAUGCAUGAGCGCCCGUUAAAAUAAUGAAUGCAAUUGCACUGGAAAAAGCGAAAAAUUGAAUUUUUACAUAAAUUUUAAGAAUACAAUCGGUAUUGGUAUUACAUACACAUGUGAGCUGAAUAUUUCUCAAUAGAUUUAAGUUUCAAUAUUUGUCGAGUAUAUAAUUUUAGUCGAAAAUUGAGAAUGUACGUGGAGAGAAAUGUUAGAAUAAACUAAACUGUAUUUGCGAGCAAGAAUGAAGGGAAAUAACUAUAACUACACUUAGCGAAACAAAAAAUUCCGCAUAUGUAUUUCGCAUAUAAUUUAUUGUUCACGGAGAUUUGAAAAUCUGCUAGGAUUGUUGUAACGGACUGGAUAUUGCAGAGAUUUUUGAAUUUUGCGUCGAGAUAUUGAACUCGUAUUUGUACUUUUCGCUUAAAAUAUCCUCAACAUCAACCCUUGAAAAAAGUGUAGGGAAAUUCGGGGAAUUCUUGGACACGGGGUAUUGUUUGAGAGCAAGAUAUUUUCCCCCUUAUAAUGCUUAACAGUUUCAACCAUUUGUCAUCAACUCGUUUCAUGCUGAGCUCAUUUUCCAUUGAGCACUUGACGUUUGUAUACGCACCGUUAUUUCGCUGCCAUAGCAAAUAUAAAUUUGAUAUAUCGAGUUUUUUCACUUAGUAUUUUGUUUAUUUUGAUAAGGUUUACCGCCGAACCAACUCAGUUAAAUAUAUUUAUAAUGCUCGUGGAAGCUUAGGCCUCCGACGCAGAAAAAAUUUUGUAUGAAGAUUGUAUUGCAUUACCUCCUUAUACGCCGCCGUUUUGCAAAAAUUAUUGGACACUUAUUUCUUGACAUUUGAGGGCUUUUUCUUGCAUAAUUUCCACACAGCAUUAGUUUUUCGGCAGUUUUUAAUAGGUUUUUGGAUCGAUAAAUUUUGGUGUAGCCAGAAUGCCUCUUUCGGCAAUAUCCGGAAAUCGUAUUGUUUGUGAUCGAGGUGUUCACUUGAGUUGCGCCGGAGCAAACCCGGGUGCUCACUGCGAAUCGGAAUAAUUUUAAUCGUCAUAUUUCACUUUAUUCUAUUAACUAUGAUGUCUUCUUUCGUUUUCGUUCACAAAUAAAUGUUUUCCGCCAAUAAUUUUAAUUUUUAAUAAUUCCUCGUAAUUUUUCAAAAGUGCAAAAACACAAUUUUUGUGCUAACUGAAAUAACAUGCAAUACAAUACAAUUUGAUCAAACUGCUGAUAGCAAAAGGAAGGUUAUUUCUCGUACUACAAAACCAAGCUAUAAAAUGUUUGGAAAAAGUAAGUUUUUUUUGCGAGUUAUCGACUAAAAUAAAAGUGUGUCCAAGAAUGCCCCGACUUCGCCUACUCUGGUUUCUGGUAAAAUAUGUUCACUUAAUUUUGUCGGCCUUGUUGUAGAUUUAGUACAGUAAGCGUGCUUCCAACCUCUCAAAAGGUGACUAUAAUUUCAUUAAAACAAAGGUGGAAAUAAAAAUAUUAAUUAACUUAUUAAAAAAA